AUCAUCUCCUCUGCCUUGUUUUCUUAUUGACGGAUUUCUAGAGAUCUUUGAAGAGUACCGAGAAGAUGGGUAAUUUGUUCUGUUGUGUGAAAGUUGACCAAUCCACUGUAGCCAUCAAGGAGAGAUUUGGCAAGUUUGAGGAUGUUCUUGAUCCUGGAUGCCAUUGCCUACCUUGGUUCCUUGGAAGUCAGGUUGCUGGACACCUGUCAUUAAGGUUGCAGCAGCUAGAUGUGCGUUGUGAGACAAAGACUAAGGAUAAUGUAUUUGUCAAUGUUGUUGCAUCAAUUCAAUACUGUGCCUUGGCUAAUAAGGCAAAUGAUGCUUUCUACAAACUUACCAACACAAGGACACAAAUUCAGGCCUAUGUUUUUGAUGUCAUCAGAGCAAGCGUUCCUAAGCUGAAUUUGGAUGAUGUUUUUGAGCAAAAGAAUGACAUUGCUAAAGCAGUUGAAGAGGAACUUGAGAAGGCCAUGUCUGCUUAUGGAUUUGAGAUUGUUCAAACUCUAAUUGUUGAUAUAGAACCAGAUGAGCGUGUGAAGCGAGCAAUGAAUGAAAUUAAUGCUGCUGCAAGGCUGAGGGUGGCAGCUAAUGAAAAGGCAGAGGCAGAGAAAAUUUUGCAAAUUAAACGAGCUGAAGGUGAGGCUGAGGCUAAAUAUCUGUCAGGGCUGGGUAUAGCUCGCCAAAGACAAGCAAUUGUUGAUGGCCUGCGAGAUAGUGUCCUGGGAUUCUCUGUUAAUGUUCCAGGCACCACUGCAAAGGAUGUGAUGGACAUGGUCCUGGUGACACAGUACUUUGACACAAUGAAGGAAAUUGGUGCUGCCUCUAAAUCCUCUGCCGUGUUCAUCCCUCAUGGACCAGGAGCUGUUCGUGAUGUAGCUGCUCAGAUUCGUGAUGGACUUCUACAAGCUUCUUCACGCCAGGAGUUAUAAAGAUUCUACCAGGUUUGCUUGAAAUAAGCACUAUGCAUAAUAAGCACUAUGCAUUUUGAUGUUUGCCUGCCACAGAUCUGCAUCCUUUCAUGUGCAUGUGUGCGUAUUACAAUGAUUUUCUUCUAUUUUGCUGUUCUUGGGUGUUCAUUUUGUUUGUGAUGAAUUUAAGGUAUAUAUUAAGGAGUAGAAAUGUGUUUACCUUCCUGAAAUAUGGAUUAUUCACCCCAAAAUCGACUUGAGCACUGGCAAAUUCUCUGUAACCAUAACAUUAUAUGGAAAUCAUGGAUACAUAAGACAGGGAAUUUAUUGAAUUUCUCUAACCAUUUAAUAGUCA